ACUGAACAUAUGUAUGUAAUACUAAUCAUUGUUUAUUAAUCAUUUAUUAUUGGUUUGUCAACUCAGUUGUCACUACACUAGUGUCAUAAAAGUUAUCAACCAGCGCUAAGUUGAAUGAGAUAAAUGGUGUAAAAUAUGGAUGAAAUCUUAAUUGUUAAGUGACUGGUUACUUAACAAUUGAAGUUUACUUGAAGGAUUAUGAUGCUUACUUACAAUGAAUAUUCAGACGGAACCCACCAAAAACAAGAAAAGGCAGAUAAUCUGCAUGGCCUCCGACUUCUUUUUCCCGAAUACAGGUGGGGUAGAAGAACAUAUCUACAAUUUGUCACAAUGUUUAAUCAAACGUGGCCACAAAGUCAUUGUAAUUACUCACAGUUACGGUGACCGUAUCGGCGUUAGAUAUUUAACUGCGGGUCUCAAAGUUUAUUAUUUACCUAUACGUGUAUUUUACUCACAAUGUGCACUUCCAACUAUGAUUUGUAAUAUAGCUGUAGUACGUUAUAUUCUUAUAAGGGAAUGUAUUGAAAUAGUACAUGGUCACUCUGCUUUUAGUGUUUUAGCACACGAGGUAUCUAUUAUAGGUAAGCUAAUGGGUCUUAAAACUGUAUUCACUGAUCAUAGCUUAUUUGGUUUUGCUGAUAUGUCAGCAGUAUUGACAAAUAAGUAUUUGCAAAUGUGUUUAUGUGAAUGUGAUCAUUGCAUCUGUGUCUCACACACUGGUAAAGAAAAUACAGUUUUAAGGGCCAAAGUUAAAGCUCAUAAAGUUUCUGUUAUACCUAAUGCGGUAGAUGCCUAUACUUUUACACCAGAUCCAAGUCAAAGAGACCCAAAUGUCAUAACUAUUGUUAUCAUUUCAAGAUUAGUCUACAGAAAAGGUGUAGAUUUAAUGGCUGCUGUCAUUGCUGCACUGUGUCCAAAAUAUCCUCAAAUAAGGUUUGUGGUUGGAGGUGAUGGUCCUAAAAUGUGGUUACUACAAGAAGUAAGAGAGCAAAAAGGUUUUCAACAUUGUGUCACAUUACUAGGUAGUCUUAAGCAUUCGGAAGUUAGAGAUGUUUUAGUCAAAGGUGACAUUUUUUUGAACACUUCAUUGACUGAGGCAUAUUGUAUGGCAAUUGUGGAAGCAGCAUCAUGUGGAUUAAAAGUUGUGUCUACAAAAGUAGGGGGUAUUCCUGAGGUGUUACCUCAGAACAUGAUAUACUUAACAGAACCUGAUGUAACCAGUAUUGUAGCUGGAUUAGAAAUGGCUAUGAAAGAUUUAAAGGAUGGCAAUAUUUUAUGCCCUUAUGAAUGUAAUAAAAUGGUAAGAAAAAUGUAUAGUUGGAUGGAUAUUACUAGAAGAACUGAAAUAGUCUAUAAUAGAAUAUUAUUAAAUAAAAAUAAACCCUUAGGUCAACAAUUAAGAACUUAUCUCAGUUGUGGAGUAUGGCCAUUCCUCUUAGUUAUAAGUUUAAUGUAUUUAUUAUUGCAAUUAGUAGAAAAGGUGUAUAAAAGAAAACACAUUGACAUAGCAAGAGAUUUAGAAUUUUAGAAACUAUUAAAUUGGAUAUAAAGUCGAAUAUUAUUUUAUACCAAAAUUUCAUUCAUAUAAACAAUUUCUUUUUUUUUUAUAAUUGUUUAAAUGACAGAGUCAUACAAAUUACAAUCAAUUAUAAUAUUUAUGAUUAAGUUUGUAUUACGUGGUCAAUAAUGCAGUGGCUUUAAAUAGUUUAAUAAUUGAGAUGUUUGAUUUAAUUUUUUUAUCAAAGACUUGUUUAUGAUGAAUAAUGAGUACAACAC